AUGCAGAUCGCACCUUGUUUUUUUAAGAGACAAAAUGGUAAGGUAACUGCUCUUAUUAUCUAUGUUGAUGACAUGAUUGUUACUGGUAAUGAUGUUGAUAAGAUGGCUAAAUUGAAGAAUUGCUUGUCCGCGGCCUUUGAUAUGAAAUAUCUGGACCGAUUAAAGUAUUUCUUGGGUUGUCAACCUAUCAAUACACCGAUUACACGAAAUCAUGGCUCGGAGGAUCUUCCUGAUCAAGUUCCUACUAACAAAGGGAGAUAUCAAAGACUAGUGGGACAAUUUAUAUACUUUUCACACAGACAACCAUGUAUUGCUUAUGUGUCAGUACCAGGAAGAGGCCUCAACCAUACAAAAAUUAUAGGUCAUUGUGAUUCGGAAUGGGGUGCAAGAGGAGAAAGACGAUGUUCAACAACUGGGUAUUUCACAUUCAUUGGAGGAAACCUGGUUACUUGGAAGAGUAAAAAACAAAGGUUGUCUCAUUGUCUGGUGCAGAAGCUGAAUAUAGGGCAAUGGUCAAAGAUAUUCAAGAACUGCUUUGGUUAA